AUGGACUGUAAUGGUCAUGAGAAUCUUACUAAAGAACUUAAUAAUAGUUAUUCCUUUAAUAAUGAUAAUGAUAAAAAUGACUUUAUAGACAUAAAUGAAAUAGAUACAUUUAUUUUUAUUAAUCAAGAUUUAAGUAAUAAAGUUAACAAUGAAGAUAAUAUUGUCAACCAAAUAGUGUGCAGUAACCAUGAGAUUGAAGACACUUAUAAUGUCAACGAAGUAGUUGUAUCUCAGGAAGGAACUGAUACUUUUGAUAAUGAAAAAGCCAAUUCUGAAAACAUAACAGAAUUUGAUGAUGAAAAUACUCCAGACAUGUUUGGGAAAAAAAAAAAAGUAAUAAACGAAGUCGCAUUGUAA